AUGGCAGCGGAAGUGCGAAUGGUACUUUAUGAAGACGAUUCAGUGCAAGUGCAAUAUGUUGAUGGUUCCAGACUGCAGCUUUCUCCAUGUGGCUCUGAAUUUUUAUUUGAAAAGGCACCUCCUGUUUCAGCACAUCCUUUAGAACAACCAGAAAGAAUUCGUCAAAGGACACACUUCGUUAUUAGCACUUACCGAGAGCAACUACAGCGAGCCCUAGAUUUUCGAAAUUCUUUUGCUGUUUGCCCUUUUUUAUCUGAAACCAUCAUACCUUCUGAAAGAAAAAAGCGUAUCUUCAUUGACUUCUCAGAAGUGAGAUGGCCCAGUCCUGACACUGCUGAUGGUGUGGUAUGUACGCAGAGGGGCAGCGUGAAGAUAGCAUCAUUGGAUGGGCACGCAUACCUUUGCCUUCCCAGAUCGCAGCAUGAAUUUAUAGUACAUUUUUUGUGUAAAGUAAGCCAGAAGCCAGACUCGUCUAUAGUAUUGUCAGAAAAGAAGAAUCAAGCCAGAAAGGACAAACUAGUUGAGAAAGCAGGCAAAAUCUGUACAUAUGGAAGUUUAUCAAGACAGAGACUGAAGAAUAAAGAAAAUGACCUUUAUUGUCAGCUCACGAAAUCCAAGGAACCUUUAGAGAAGAAGAGCUGUAUAGAUGGAGCUGAAGGGAGGGAGGAGCCACCCCCGCCUGGUACACGACACACGUGUGUAUACACAUGGGUGAAGCAGCGCUGGCCUGUGGCCUCCUGUCCAGAGGAAUGGAAAUAUCCUUUGUCUUUAGCACUUCAUUUUCAUAAUAAAAUCAGCAGUAUGUCAAGAAGUGAUGCAGACAUCACCCGGAGUAGAACGUUAACUUCUGAGAUUUCAGAGGAAAGAGGAAAAGAGGUUUCUGCUCUUCCCAGGGCCCUGUUACUCAGCUGUCCUGUCCCCCACCUGCACAGGUGGAAUUUUUGUGAUUCACUUUCACAAAGACAGUUUGAUGAAGAAUAUUCCUAUGCUGAACUAGUGAAAGUGGUUUGGUACAAAGGUGUAACUUACCGACUAAACCAUAAAAAUGUGAACUCAAUAGAGAUUUAUCCUGGAGAUGGAUCUGUUUUCAAAUCAGAGGGAGCUUAUUUUGGGAGGUAUUUUACGUAUUAUUCCAUUCAAGAAGGAUCAGAAGAGAGAGAAGAGAAAACUUACUCAGUAAAUAACCUUCCUCCGGACAGACCAGGAAGUCUGUUCUCUGUGUGUUCUCUACUUAAACAGGCAACCAGAAUUCUUCAACACUGUGCCAAGACAAGGCUUUCUUUAAGCCAUAAUUAUCAUAUAUGCUGCUGGAAAAUGGUACCUGGGAUAAAUGAUAGCAGUAUACUGCCUUUGCUUUUGAGAGAAUCAAUCAUACCCAGCGUGGGAAGAUUUCUUGCAUACUCUGAUGACAAAGUACAUGCUGUCUUUUUAGAUGGCAUUACUCUAACCCUAAAUUGGAAUUUCAGCUCUUUUAUUGAAAAGAGACAGGUAAAUCAAGGUCUCAAUUUAGGUUGGUGUAAGUUAACUUUUCCCGAUGGACAAGAUCAGUUAAUUCAAAUUGAACACCCUGGACCAUACGAAAGCUAUGUGAUAGCGGUUGUAUCAUGGUGCAGAAGACUGACCCAGACUAGUGAGAGAGAGAUGCCCACACAUUCUUCAUCUCCUGUUAUUGAAGAAAAUUGGUCUGUGGCCUCUGAACUUGAAAAGAUAAAGAAAUUUAACUUUUUAUUGGAGAAUAGUGGUAUCCUAAACCAGAUUUCUAACAAAAAAACCAAAGAGUCAUCUGAUCAUUAUGAACCAAAAUCUCCAGAAACCUUGCUGGAAGAAGUUAAUGAAGAGAGAGUAUCAGUGGCAUUGAAAAAAACCUCUGAAAUCCUUCAGGAUAUUGACUGUCUUCUAUCAAGUUCUAAAAAGUGAAAAAUGGAAUUAUUAUAAACCUUAAGGAUGUUGUUUCAACUGACUAGUAUAAAAUUACUAGUAAGCCAAGAAAUUAUAUAUAUUACUUCUGUGCAAUGAUUAUAUAAAAAAUGACAUUUAACUUUGGAG